AGAGGAGCAGUAGAGGUGGAGGCUAGAGCGGCCUCCGGAGGGCCCCUCACGCCGGGGCCUGAGCUUAGGGGGGCUCCAGCGCCAUGUCAUACGCCUAUUUGUUCAAAUACGUAAUUAUCGGCGACACCGGUGUCGGGAAAUCUUGCCUCCUGCUGCAGUUCACAGACGAUCGGUUCACAACUAUCCAUGACUUAACAAUCGGUGUGGAGUUUGGUUCACGCAUGAUCAGCAUCGACAACAAAAAGAUCAAACUACAGAUCUGGGACACGGCUGGACAGGAAUCCUUCCGAUCCAUCACCCGCUCGUACUACAGAGGAGCAGCCGGGGCCCUGCUAGUCUACGACAUCACCAGGCGGGAAACCUUCAACCACUUGAGCUCCUGGCUAGAAGACGCCCGGCAGCACUCUUCGUCCCACAUGGUGUUCAUGCUGAUUGGCAACAAAAGCGACCUGGAGCACCGGCGGGCCGUGAAGAAGGAAGAGGGCGAAGCUUUCGCCCGGGAACACGGCAUGGUUUUCAUGGAGACGUCAGCCAAGACGGCAGCCAACGUGAAAGAGGCCUUCUUCAGCACAGCCAGAAUCAUCUACAAAAAGAUCCAGGAAGGCCACCUGGACCUUACCACCGAGGGAAACGGCAUCAAGAUCGGACCCUCAGCGGUGCCGUGUGAAUCCACCCUCCGCCACGGUCCCAUGGGCUCUGGAGACCGAUCGGGCUGCUGCUGAGCUCUCCCUAGGAUCCAGCCAGGCUUGUGACGCCUCGGGAACACGCAGAGAGCUCCCCCGCGCGCACGGGCACACUCUUGUUCAAUUUCCGGCACUGUGUCGGACACGUGGAUCUGGCAGCCCGGCCCUUUCGCAACCCCUGCAACUUACCUCUUCCUGCCAGGCGGGGGGGAUUGGGACCGUGCCGGACCCAGAGC